UUUACAAAAUAUAACUGUAGUUAAACGUGUCAGUAUUCAUUCAUGCUUGUGGGUGAGUGCUGCAGUAGUUUCAUACUAGAUGUUGAUUCCACUGACCAAAUGUAGGUCACUGGAUUUAUCAGUCAGAGUGGAUCAGGAGAGAAGAGAUUAUCUAUCUAUCUAUCUAAUUAUCUAUCUAUCUUAAAAUCAGUGGCUUUUUAGACAUAUUUUUUUCUGUUUUUUCAUGAUGUAGAUCAACAACAUUACGGUUAGGGCUCGUACAGUGUGGAUACAUCGUACAGGCCAGACAGGUUGAGCAUUGGUGCACACAUACCGAUGAUGAUGUUGUUUUAUUUAUUCACUGUUGGUGGUGCUGUUGCCUAAGCAGACUCUUGAUCUAACAUCAGCCUUUUCCCGAGUCGCCGCCCGUCUCCGAAGUACACAGGCGAUGGUGGUCUUUAUAAGGCUGUACCAUGCAUGGUGGCGUUGUAUGGAUUUGACUGAAAUAUAAGACAAAAUAUGCAGUCAAUAUUGUGAGCGAGAUACGAAGCCUUUCUCUCUCUGUGCGGAUAACUGUGUAGCUGUGGAUCUCAUAUUCAUCGGGAGGAAAUGGAUGCUCUGAAGAGUAAAGGCGCCUCGUUGGACUGGAGAGUCUCCAUUUUGCUUUUCUGUGUUGUUGCUGCGGUCAGCGGACAAAUUCGUUAUUCUAUACCAGAAGAGAUGAGGAAAGGGCUGUUUGUCGGGGACGUCGCAAAAGACCUGGGCCUGGACGUUAAAAGGUUGGUUUCAGGUCGGGCUCGACUUGUUAUAGAUGAUGAAAACCAGUACGUCGCGUUGAACCAGAACAAAGGGCAUAUCGUUGUCAAUGAAAGAAUUGACAGAGAAAAAUUAUGCGCCAAGAAAUCGCCUUGUAGCUUUAGUCUAGAAAUUGUUCUAGAAAAUCCACUUGAAUUGUUUUCCAUUACCAUCGAAAUUCAAGAUAUAAACGACCAUGCUCCUGCUUUUCCCAGAAAGGAAAUGAAUUUGGAAAUAAGCGAAUCGACGCCCACUGGGACUCUAUUCUUGCUUGAUAGCGCAGUGGAUCCCGACGUAGGAAUAAAUUCACUGCAAACUUACUCUUUGAAGGCAAACGAUCAUUUUGUUCUAAAACAACACACUCGGACAGACGGGAGUAAAUAUGCUGAAAUGAUGCUUCAGAGCGGUUUGGACCGCGAGAAGCAAAGCGAGCAUACGCUCAUAUUGACGGCUGCGGAUGGUGGGGAGCCGCAGAGGUCUGGGACAGUCAAGAUUUAUGUAUCUGUUCUGGACGCGAACGACAACGCACCUGUUUUUACACAGUCCGUUUACAAAGCGUCUGUCUUGGAAAAUGUUUUGCGAGGCACAGUUAUUGCCAGAGUCAGUGCUACGGAUGCGGACCAAGGUUACAACGGUAACGUCACGUACUCUUUCACCCACCUGGAGGGUGACUCCUCCUGUCCUUUCGAAAUAAAUUCUUACACGGGAGAGGUUAAACUCACCGGUGACAUCGAUUACGAGAUUUCUUCAAAUUACGAAAUCAACCUUCAAGCGAAAGACCCAUGGGGUGUAGUGGGUGUCAGCAAAUUAAUCAUUGAGAUAGGAGAUGUUAAUGAUAACCGUCCAGUAAUGACUUUGGCUUCAUAUUCUGGUAAAAUCUCAGAGGAUUCUGCUCCUGGCACAGUUGUGGCGCUCAUUAGUGUUCAAGAUAAAGAUUCAGCUAAAAACGGACAGGUUCAUUUAAAUAUAGAUGAAAAUCUCCCGUUUAAAAUCAAAUCGUCUCUCAGAAAUUAUUACACGUUGGUCACGGAGCAAAAUCUUGACAGGGAAAAGCGUUCCAGGUACAACAUCACCCUCACUGCUACAGAUGAGGGCUUACCUGCCUUAUCAAGUCAGAAAAUUGUUGUUUUAGACGUUACUGAUAUUAAUGACAAUGCACCAGCUUUCAGCCAAAGCGUCUACAGCACUCAGGUAAUGGAGAACAAUUCUCCUGGUCUUACUCUGUUGCAGAUACAUGCCACAGAUCCAGAUCAGGGCCAGAAUGCACGCAUAUCAUAUUUUCUUCAUGACGAAGAGGUUGGUGGGAAUCCAGUCUCCGCGUAUUUCUCCAUCAAUACGGAGACUGGAAUCAUUCAGUCUUUGCGUUCACUUGACUAUGAACAAGUAAAAGAGUAUAAAAUAAGAGUUAAAGCUCAAGAUGGAGGCUCGCCACCACUAAGUUGUAACACAACGGUGAUUGUGCGUGUCCUGGACCAGAACGACAACCCUCCUCAGGUCCUGUACCCAGUCCAGACCGGCGGCUCUAUGGUGGCCGAGAUGGUGCCUCGUUCAGCAGAUGUGGGCUACCUGGUGACUAAAGUGGUGGCUGUUGAUGUGGACUCUGGGCAGAAUGCGUGGCUGUCGUAUAAACUGCAGAAAGCCACAGACAGGGCGCUGUUUGAAGUGGGCUUACAGAAUGGAGAAAUAAGAACUAUCCGCCAAGUGACUGAUAAAGAUGCUGUGAAACAAAGACUGAGUGUUAUAGUGGAGGACAACGGGCAGCCCUCUCGUUCAGCUACAGUCAUUGUUAACGUGGCGGUGGCGGACAGCUUCCCUGAAGUGCUGUCGGAGUUCACUGACUUUGCACACGACAAGGAGUACAAUGACAAGCUGACUUUUUACUUAGUGUUGGCUUUGGCUGUAGUUUCCUUCCUGUUCAUCACGUGUUUGGUGGUUAUUAUAUCAGUGAAAAUCUACAGAUGGAGACAGUCUCGCAUCCUGUAUGAGUCCAAGCUCCCUGUGAUUCCAUAUUAUCCACCACGUUACUCAGACACUUUGGGGACAGGGACUCUGCAACACGUGUACAAUUACGAGGUGUGCAGGACGACUGACUCCAGAAAGAGUGACUGUAAGUUCGGCAGAGCUGGUAGUCAGAACGUGUUGAUAAUGGAGCCCAGUUCUACAGGGACGAUGCAGCGGAUACAGAGUGACAAGAGCAUCCUGGACGAGCCAGACUCUCCUCUAGAGGUUAGUUUAAGAAUCUAGCUUCGUUUUUGUGUCG